CCAAGCAAAGGGCGGUGAAACAAACGUUAAGAAGCAACUAACGGUUGCCUCGUUUGAACAUUAUUAACUGUAUCCUGCACAAACAAAGAGUUAAUUUUCUUUUUGCAGAUAGUAAUGGACAACAGGAGCAAAGUGAUGUGUGUACUUUGCCAGAAGUGCGAUGAGACGGAAAUAACCGGGGCUUUAUCGACAAAAGACGGAGUCACUGCUCACCAAAACUGUCUGUUAUUUUCUUCAGGCCUCAUCUGCAAGUAUCCCCCACAGUUCGACGAUCUGUUUGGUUUCUCUGUGGCCGACGUGUUGAAGGAGGUGAAACGAGGACGCAAACUGAUGUGUUACAGAUGUCAGAUGAAGGGGGCCACUGCUGGGUGUGAGGUCAAACGUUGCAAGAAGUCCUACCACUACCCGUGUGCUGUGAAGCACAAAGCCACGGUUGUAGAGGAUGCACACCAGGGGAAAUAUGUGCUGUUCUGCUUCCAACACAGUGAACCAACACAAAAUAACAAUGUCUCUGUGAACGGACGUCCUUCCUCCGUCAUUGGGUCCCAAACGUCCAUUAGUCAGAGUGAGGCGGGACCAUCUAAGAUGAACACCAAUGGGGGUCCUACGAAGGUCAGACAAAUGUCCGAGUUCAGCAGCGGCUCAAAGUCCUCCAGCGGUGUGAGGCCUUCAACUUCCAAGAGGCGGUUGAGUUUCCCGGACAAGCAGGAGGGGACCCCGUCCAAACGCAAAGUCACGGAAGAGGACUUAACCGAGGAUUCUUCAUGUUCAGAUAGGAACGAGCCGGAUGAGGAUGCAUUUGGCCCCAUAGAGACGGACUCGUUCGAGGUAAGUCCGAUCUGUUCAUCAGUAACUUCAUCACGAGCGGUGGAACGUGUUCAAUUAUCUGAAAGUAACUUGUUCUUUUCUUUCAUUUAUUGCUCCUCCUGCUUUCCCGACUGUGUCAGUUGAUCGGAAAUGACGGCGAGACUCCUGUUGGUUCCGCUUCAGGU